AUGUCUUCCAUUCGGUCCCUCGAAUUUCGUGCCGCAUUCCGGCUGUUCGAACGCAUGUUGUGCUCCGAAACCCGGCCCAAUACCUUCACUUCGCCUGCAUGGCCCAAUUACACAUUGCGGGUCGUGCAUGUGAAAGUUGUUAUUUCCUUCGGGCUCAGUUUAGAUUUUAUUUGCAACCGCACGCUCUUGAGCCGUUAUUUGGAAUCGGGCCUCUUUUGUGAGGCCUGCCGCGUGUUUCGUAGGAUUAACGAGCCCGAUUUAUUUCUAUGGAACGCGAUGAUUUUGAGUCUCCGCCUGUAUGGACGUGCUCAUGAUGCAUUUUAG